GUAAGCUCUUUAAAGCAGCUGACUCGAAACUAUCUGCAGAGUUUGAUGAGCAAGAAAUAGAACAUUUGAUGAUUGUGGGGCUUUGGUGUGCUCACCCAGAUCCUAAUCUCCGGCCUUCAAUCAGGCAAGUGAUUCAUGUCCUAAAUUUUGAAGCUCCGUUGCCUGUUAUUCCAUCCAAAAUGCCAGUGCCAAAGUAUUUGUCUCUGUCAGGGUAUACACCCACUUCUUCACAACCAUUUUCCUAUGGCACCACUGUAUCUGAGAGUAGUCGGAACCAAUCUUCAAGCUAUAGCUAG